GCUCACACCACCCUUCGCAACAUUCUUGCUCAUCUUUUCAGCCGUCCCACCCAGUCUCCAGUAGGGAAUCAGGAGAGGAUGCAUCCUCAGCGCCCCUUGGCACAGGCUGUGCCUGGCUCAUUGGGCCAGAAUCUGAGAGACAUGGCAUAUGGCUUUGGCCAUGGUAAGAACUUGCUGGGGAGGAACAUUGCGUACGGGGUCAUCCAAACUCUUAAAGAGUGCCUUUACUUCCUGCUUUGCUGCUGGUGCAUAAAAGAGAUCCUGGACUGAACCAGGAUGAUACAGGAAUUGUCCCUGAUUGACAAGUGACAUGAUCCCUGCUCAGCACACCCAUCAAGGAUACCGGAGUUGUCAUAGCUUUGAGCCCCGAGGCCUUUGACCAUGACACAUCGGGACAGCUCUGCGUGUUGU